CGAAACCUUAAGUAAGUAAGCGCGGCAAUUUUAAUUCUCAACAACACUUGUGUAUGUGAACAAGCAAUCGGAAUAAGUGAUUAGAUUUUGAGCUCUGAUUGAUACUUUUUAUUUAUUAAAGUGCUGUGUCUUGUAGGAUUUAACCGUGUUUGAAUUUUGUGCUCCUUUAAGUGGAUAAGAAUGUUCUUCAGUAAGUUUGUUUUCGCCUGAAGCAGUUCAAGCCGAGGAGAAACGAAACUUUGGAAGUUUAUUUUCAGAAAUGGAGCAGAUCAAAAGUACAGUGGUGCAAAAUCUCCAUGCCAUUGAGGAGUUAAAUGAAAACGAUGUGGAGUUAUCGCCCCAAAUAAAUCUGAAAGAACCUGAUCUUGAUGAUCCGAUUUUGAAAUGGGCUGAAAGGAAUAUCGCCGAAGAUCCAAACAAUAAAAUCGAACUGAUUGAGGAGUUAAAAGAUAUGAUUUUUGAAAGAGGAGAAUGUGAACCACAUCGAAUGGAUGAUGCCUUUCUUCUCCGCUUUUUGAGGGCUCGCCAUUUCAUUGUCAGAAUGGCUCACCGAUUGAUGGUGAAUUAUUACACGUUUAGAGAAACAAACCCAACCUACUUUUCCAACAUAGACUACAGCAAGUUGCUGGAAUUAGGAGAAGCUGAAAUAUUCACAGUUCCUCCAUAUGUGGAUCAAAACGGCAGGCGAUUGCUCUAUUUCAGAAUAGAAAAUUGGAACACAUCACAAUUCACCCCUGAUGAACUAUUCCAAGCCAUAAUCUUCCUGAUAAAUGCUGCCAUUCUGGAACCGAAACAUCAAAUCUUAGGAGGAAUUUGUAUAAUCGACGUGAAUAAUCUGGGCGCCGGACAUGCCUGGUAUUUGACGCCGAAAAUUGCGAAAAGUAUGGUAGCAGUAGGAUACAGUUCACUUCCUCAUCGCAUUGAAGCAGUUCACAUAGUGAACGGAUCGAAACUCUUCGAUUAUGCUUUCGGCCUGCUCAAGCCUCUUCUGCCUGAGUAUGUGAGGCAAAAAAUAAUUAUCCAUUCGGAUCUGGACAGUCUUCACAAAUGGGUCCUUCCAAAGUACUUGCCUAAAAGGUAUGGAGGAAUUCACAAAGACUAUCGAUACAAUGAAUGGCUUUCCACGGUUAGCAAUAAUGAGGAUCUUCUGGAAGAAAUUGAAUCCUAUGGAUAUACUGGAGGAAAGGACUUUCUGAAGUCACUUUAACCCCAUUAUGCUACUGGAAGCCUUACCCAUUAAGAGUGGAACAUAAUUUGUGAUAACAUUGUAACUGAUAGAGUAGAUUUUUAUCGACUUUUACAUGUCCAAAGUAUAUGGACAAAAUAAAUGUUUAUUUUUUACCCCAUUUAACCCUUAAGGCAAUAAAAAUAUUAACAAUUUCCAUAGAACAAGUGUGUCGACUAAUUGAAGUGCUAACGCAAAUGAUGAUGAGGGCAAUUUGAGGGUUGUUUAGCGUGAUUUUCCCAUUUAUUGCAGCAAUAAAUAAUUAAAUAAUAAA